UCAACAUUGAAGAGCUCGAAGAGCCUGAGACGUUUGGAAAGUUCAUUUUGAAUGAGCUCCCCAGCUUCACACAGAUACGAAAACUUCUGCUUCAUUGUUUCAAUUCCAAUUCGUUCAAGGCUGUAGGCCAAGCCCUAUGCAGCAUGAGCCAAGUGGAAAGCACUGAGUCGAGUUCAAUACUGGACAAUCUAAAUUCUGCACACUGCGAUGAAGUGACUGCUGUAAUGAAAAGGAUGCAAAAUGCUGCAGGAACCACAAAAGCUAUAUUCUUAGGAAAACUGCUUUACACACCAGACACGCCUGUUGUUGAAAGUGUUAUGAAAAAGAUUUUUGCAGAACUGAAGAUUUUCAAGGACUUGAAAAAGAAGUGGUUGGACUUGGGGAGUACUCUACAGCAAAAGGGUGACGACUCUCUAAACUUAGUCAUAUACAAGGAACUCACCGAAACCAUCACUAUUCUUGACAAACUCACUAAGUGUUUGUCGGACAACAAGUUGGAGGGGGUUAAAAAUGAAGAUCAAAUGAUUAGUCGGGCUACGGAUCUCAAGAAGGAGAACCGGUUUUGGGCAGGAGUGGUAUUCGAGCUUCCUGAUUCUGCUACUGAUUCGCUUCCCUCUGAUGUCACCUACAAAAUCCGCAUGGACAGAAAUAUUAUCAGCAGCAAUAAGAUCUACGAUAAAAGCCCUUGGGAACCUGGUAUACCUAGAGAGGAAUCGGCCUACAUUUCGAGUGGCUUUGUGCAUCUUCAGGACAUGGUGGAGAAGGCCUUGAUUGAAAAACUCACAAACAAAACACAAAACACUGGCCUCUACAUUAAGCAAAUGCCAUACUCCUGCUACCGAACUGAUCCAUUAAUAUGGAUUUCUGAUUUUAUUCCAAUUUUCCUUGUACUGAUUUGGACCUUUAACAUCACACUGAUGAUUAAUGGCUUGGUUUACGAGAAAGAAGCCAGACUGACAGAAACGAUGAAAAUGAAUGGACUGAAAACAGGAACACUGUGGCUUGGCUGGUUCAUCAGCGGUCUUGUGCCUUUCCUGCUGAGUAUACUAUUCAUUUUCAUUCUAUGUAAGGUGUUUACCAUCAUGCCAAGCAGCAAUGGGAUGGUCAUAUUUAUUUUCCUGAUGGCAUUUGCCUCUGCCACUAUCAUGCAGUGUUUCCUCAUCAGUACUUUCUUCUCCAAUGCCAACAGGGCUGCUGCAUGUGGGGGGCUCUUGUACUUUUGCCUCUCCUUUGCAUAUAUACCAUUUAUGUCAUGGCAAAACAUCCCUAGCACAACUAAAUUUUUGGCCAGCUUUCUGUCUCACGUGGCCUUGGGUUUUGGCUUGAGACAUAUCAUUAAUUACAACCAGAUAGGAGACGGGGUUCAGUGGUCCAGUUUGCAGUCCAGUGAUGGAGACCCAUACAACCUUCUUACAUGUGUAGUAAUGCUCUAUGUGGACGCCUUCAGCUAUGCUACAGUAGCCUGGUAUAUCGACGCCGUGUUCCCUGGCGAAUAUGGUGUGCCCAAGCCUUGGAAUUUCAUCUUUAAUAUCAACUACUGGAGGAGGUUUCCACUGAAGAAUGAUAUGCCAGUCCCUACUGUUCUCAAACUGCAUAAUAAAGAUUGCAUUGAAGCAGACCCAACUAACCUGGUCCUGUGUGUCAGUAUAUGUGACCUGGUGAAAAUCUACAAAAAAGGAGGCAAGAUGGCUGUCAACCACCUCGACCUUAAGUUUUAUGAGGGACAGAUCACCUCACUUCUCGGACAAAAUGGAGCAGGAAAAACAACUAUCAUGUCUGUACUGAUUGGUCUGUUCUCUCCUACUUCGGGGACCGUGUAUAUACAAGGGAUGGACAUCCGGAAAGACAUAGACAUCAUCCGAAGGACCCUGGGAUUUUGUCCACAACAUAAUGUCCUGUUUGAUAAUAUGACAGUGCAGGAUCAUGUGUGGUUUUACGGACGUCUCAGGGGUAUGUCUGAAAAAGAAGUAAAGGCUGGCCUUAAUUCUUGGCUAAAAGAUGUUGGACUGCUGCACAAGCGUCAUGUACAGACAAAACUCCUCUCUGGUGGAAUGAAGAGAAAGCUGUCUGUGGCAAUUGCAUUUAUUGGCGCAUCAAAGGUGAUUGUUUUGGAUGAACCUACUGCAGGGAUUGACCCGCACUCCCGUCAAGGGAUCUGGGACAUACUGCUGAAAUAUCGCAAAGGCCGAACAAUAAUCCUGGCCACUCACUACAUGGAUGAGGCAGAGUUACUUGCUGAUCGUAUUGCCAUCAUCUCCCAAGGAAGGCUCUGCUGCUGUGGGUCCCUGCUAUUUCUUAAAUCUAAACUGGGGGUUGACUUCACUGUGACUCUGGUCAAAGAGUACCCCAUCUUGAAGCUGGAGCUUGGAUGCUUCUCGACAAAUCAAAGUAACAUCAGGGGAGCCAUGUUUGGUUGCAGCUGGUACUUUACCAGCUCCAAUGGCAGUUUUAACUGGUCCUAUGUCAGGAUCCAAAUCCUGGGCAACUUUGAUUUCUUGUGGCCCAUGGCUGCACUGCUGUCAAUGGUGCAGCGCUACUUUCCCAGAGCAAAGCUGAUGGAGUCAAGUCAUGAGGUGGCAAUAAAUAUACCCCAGGAAGACUACAAGAUCAGGCGCAUGGCUGUCUUCCUGUCUGAACUGAAUCAGAAUCUCAGCACAUUUGGAAUUACCAGCUAUGGCUUGUCUGACAGUAAACUAGAGGAUAUUUUUUUCAUGCAACGACCUUGCUGCCUCAAACUACAGAGGAUUACAACGAAAAUGAUAUUUCUUCGAGUGGCGGCUGACACUGAGGAUGAUGCAGAAUCAGAGCAGCAGAGUGAUCCUUCACAACGUUUGCAAACAUUAGAGGGAACCAGACAGAGGCAAAUUGAGCCUAAAAUUGAACAACAGGUUAGCGACCUCCUGAGUGGAACUCAGCAAGGUGUCAUCUUGACUGGAUGGAGGCUUACAUGGCAGCAUCUGAGAGCUCUCUUCAUCAAGCGAUAUCUGUAUUUCCGAAGGGAUCUUCAAGGCAUCUUCAGUCAGAUUGGGCUACCUUUGUUUGUGCUGGUUGUCUGUCUGUUGGCCACAUCAUAUCAUGCACCACAGGAUGGGAACCUGGAGCUCCACCCAUGCAUGUAUGGAGAACAGUACAUUUUCUUCAGCAGAGAAUCGCAUCUUCAAGCCUCGAAGAUCGAGGAUGCUCUACUGGACCUGCCUGGUUUUAGUACGAAGUGUAGAGGGAACAGCAUCUUGAGCCACGAGGAUGAAAUCGAACAGACUGAGCAUCCUGCCUGUCAAUGCAAAAGUAAGAGCAAAGGGUUUGGGGUUGGAGAAGCUGUUGAAGAUGAGCUGUUCAUCUUCCCGGGAAAUGGGCUCUUUCCAGACUGUCCAGAAGGGGCCAGACCGAGACAAAUAUACAACAGGGGGCGUGGCAUCAUCCUGCAAAAUCUGACCAGUUAUAACGUAUCAGACUACCUGAUCAACAGCUACCCACAUCUUAUAAGGAAAAGCUUGAAGAUCAAGAUGUUCAUAGAAGAACUUAGAUAUGGAGGUUUCUCCAUAAUGCCAGGAUUACCGGAUUACCCUGUUGAAAAAGAUAAUAAUGUCAUUAUAUGGCAUAACACGAAAGGCUCACAUUCGCUCGUGUCAUUUGUUAAUGUGGUGAACAAUGGAUUUCUAAGACAAACGCUCCCCGGUGGUAGUAUUACUGCCACCAAUCACCCACUGGCACUUGAGGAGAAGACUGAUGAAAGUGCGAAACACGCAAUACUAAAGGAAUUUGUCACUCGUGUCAGCAUCAUAUUUGCCAUGUCCUGUGUGCCAGCCAGCUUUGUGCUAUUCCUGAUUAGGGAAAGGGCAAGUAAAGCCAAACACCUCCAGUUUGUCAGCGGAGUCAAACCAAUAAUCUACUGGGUGGCAAACUUAUUCUGGGACAUGAUCAACUACACCCUCUCAGCUAUGAUUGUGGUACUCAUCCUUAUCAGUUUCCAGCGUGAAGAAUACAUCAAAGCCGGUAACCUGCCAGCUCUCGUCCUGCUUCUUCUCUUAUAUGGGUGGUCCAUCAUCCCCUUUAUGUACCCUAUUUCUUUUAUGUUCACCCUUCCCAGUAAGGGAUACAUUGUUUUGACCACUGUUAGCCUAGCCAUUGGAAUUAUUUCUAGCUUGGAUUUGUUUCACGACUCUACAAAGACGAAUGACAUAGAAAGAAUAUUACACAUCUUCCCCCAUUACCACUUGGGACGAGGACUCAAAAGAGCAUUGCUGCAGAUAUUUGAAGAGGUGGGGGGUCAGCCUACCAUAUAUUCUUUCAACCUGGAAUAUGAUGGAAGAAGCCUCAUUGCAAUGGCAGCAGAGAGUGUCAUCUUCUUUCUUUUCACCAUAUUGCUGGAGUACAAGUUCUUCAUCCAUAGGAGUGUACACCCUUGCCCUAAGAUCCCUCUUGUCUCAGAGGAUGAGGACGUGGCAAGGGAAAGGGAGAGAGUUGAAAGUGGUCAAGCUAAUUCGGACAUGCUCACCAUGAUAAAUCUGACCAAAAUUUACAAUGAUUACAGUACAGUAGCAGUCAAUCAACUUUGCCUUGGGAUUCCUCGUGGUGAGUGUUUUGGCCUUCUUGGUGUCAAUGGAGCAGGGAAAACUACGACAUUUUCCAUGCUGACGGGAGACACGAUGGUCAGCUUCGGAGAUGCUUUCCUCAACCACUACAGUAUCGUGCAUAAAAUGGACCAGCUUCGCCAGAUGAUGGGAUACUGCCCACAGAUUGAUGCCAUCUGGAGCCUCCUGACUGGCAUCGAACACCUGGAACUCUAUGCUCGUCUACGAGGGGUGCCUGAGGAGUCUGUCACCAAGGUAGCUCAAUUGACUGUGAAGAAGCUAGGACUGAGCAUGUGUGCCAAGCAAAAGGCUAAAGAUUACAGUGGAGGCAACAAGCGGAAGCUCAACACCGCUAUUGCCCUCAUUGGUGCUCCGCCUAUUAUAUUUCUGGAUGAACCCACCACAGGCAUGGACCCACUGGCUAAAAAGUUCAUGUGGAACUACAUCCGCUCCCUCAUGAAAGAUGGAAGAUCAGUUGUUUUGUCUUCUCACAGUAUGGAGGAAUGUGAAGCUCUCUGCAACAGAAUAGCCAUAAUGGUCAGUGGCUGUUUCGUGUGUCUUGGGUCUGUGCAACACUUGAAGAACAGAUUUGGUGGUGGCUAUAUCAUCACCUUUCGUCUGGCAGAAUCCAAAGAAGACACUUCUCAAGUCAUAAUCCUUAUGAAGGAAGUCUUUCCCAUGAUCAAGCUGAGGAAACAGUACCAUAACGUGCAGCAGUACGAGCUUCCGGCCAAUGCCUGCUCCCUGCCUCAAGUUUUUGAAAUGCUGGCCAACAUUUAUGAGGAGCUGGGCAUAAGGGAAUUCAGUGUUUCGCAGACCACGCUGGACCAGGUCUUCAUCAACUUUGCCACGAAGUAUAUUAAAAAUGAGACAAGAAAGCCCAGAGCUACUUCCUGGACCCAAUAUGGUUUAAAGUCUGCAAGCAUUCAUCCUGAGGCACCAAUUCCGCCACAGCAAAGCGACUCCUCCACUUGGCAGCAGGAGUAGCUUCACACAUAAUCGUGCCACUGAGGAAGAAGUGUGUCUAUGAGGUCAAAGCGGAGCAACCACAAACAUUCUCCUCUUCCAAUUUUGCACCAUCAGAGGGAUUACUGAACUUUGGUGAAGUAUUAAGGACAAAUAUGCAAGCUGUUCACUUGGUUAUGUCAUUCAUUUGCCAUACUCAUGAGUUGUCGUUAAAAGGACCUACAGUAUGUGUUACUUUGAACGACAAAGAUAUGAUGCUUCCCAAAUUGUUUGAUUCACACCCGUCACUCAUGUUUAAAAAGUUUCCUAUUAAUAUCGUGAUUUUAAAUGAAAAUUUGAUGUUCCUGUUCACAAUGUCACUCAUAAAUAAACAUAUUACAUGUUGCAUUUUCUGUAUGCUUACUGUACAUUUGAAAGAAAACAAUCAGAAGGGUACAUUAUUCAUGAUCCCUCAACAAGAUUUUUCUAAAUCAGGUGGCAAAAUGUGCAGUUUUUCAUGUUUAAUCUCACUGGGACGCAGAUAUGAUGCAUAAAUUGAAUUUGUGUUACACAUUUUAUAUAUUGCAAACCCCAAAGUUAUUAACAUCAAUAUCUACCUUCCUUCCUACUGUCGGUCCAUCAUGGAAACCUGCUAGUUACAUUUGUUUUGAGAAAUACAUAUAGGUUAUUUUUUAUGAGGGUAUCAUUUGUGUCCUUAGUAGAUAUUAAGCUGUAUUUUGACUAAACAAUUUUUUAUAUUAAUAAUUAAACGUAUUUUUUUGUGUGUAUUAUCAA